AUGCUGCAUUUGCAAAAACGUGCUCUUGAGUCUUCCCUUGCUUCUGGAACAACUGCACUCACUGCAAUGAUAUGUGGGAGGUCUUUGCUUGUGGCAAAUGCCGGAGAUUGCCGGGCUAUAUUGUUACGAUGUGGAGCGGCUGUAGAAAUGUCAAAAGAUCAUAGGCCUUGCUGCACAAAAGAAAGAAUGCGGAUUGAAUCCUUGGGUGGAUAUAUUGAUGAUGGUUAUCUAAAUGGUCAGUUAGGUGUCACCCGUGCAUUAGAACUUCAAUUGAUGACACUGACCAAGGAUGAUGAGUUUUUGAUAAUUGGUAGUGAUGGAAUGUGGGAUGUGUUCACCAGCCAAAAUGCUGUUGCUUUUGCUCAAAGGAGACUCCAAGAGCACAAUGAUGUGAAAUUGUGCUGCAAGGAAAUAAUAGAGGAGGCGAUAAAGCGUGGAGCAAGCGAUAAUUUGACACUAGUUAUCGUGAGGUUCCACUUGGAGCCACCUCCGCAUGUGGUGGUAGAGAGGUCUAGAGUCAGACGAAGCAUUUCUGCUGAGGGACUUCAGAAUCUCAAAUUCUUCUUAGAAGGAUAG